AAACAAACUCAGCCGACACCCUCUAGUUCUUUCCCUCUCUGCAUUUCAUCUUGGAGAAACCCUUGUCUCCCUCACAAAACCUCAACUCCAUUCCACCUUCACCCUCUCAUCUAUCUAAACUCAGAUAACCGGAGUGAGUUCCGGCGGCCGCACCCCAUCGCCGAUGAUCGGCUGGACUCACACACUCACCCACCGUCCUCCUCCUCCUUAACACCCCAACUCCCACCGGUCACCCACCCUUACCCACUGUACACGAACCCCUCAAAAAUCAGGAGAGCCGCCUUGUGCGGCGGCGAGUUCAGAGUUCGAGGGGAGAGAGAGAGAGAGAGAGAGAGAAAGGCACUGGCGGUGGUUGACGAUGGCUAGAAGCCGUUUGAUUUCCGAUGACCAGUUACGGCUCCGACAAACACUGGUUUUUCGGGAUAUGAUGAUGGUGGUAAACGACGGUGGAGGUGGCCGACGACAAGGGAGGCAGCUGGCGCCGGAGAUACCGGCGGCGGCGGUGACAGUGGUGGUGACGAGAUUCCCGGUGACGGCAAGGGUGGUGAUCAUGUACUGGCUCGGUUCAGAUUUUGGAUGUCUUCGAGUCAGAAUGCGGCUCAGAAUCGGGGUUUCGGGUCAAACCCGGUUGACUCGGUCAACACCCGAGUCAACUCGGGUCAACAGACGGUCAACUGUUAGUCAACAUGUCAACAGCUGGUCAACGCCAGUCAAACAUCAUCUCGGGUCAGUUUUGAGUAUGCGGUUUACUUUUGGUUUGGUCUCGAUUCACCUCAAGUUUGUUCGGUUCGACAGGUUCGGAUUCAAUUCAAAACGGGUCAGAAAGUCAACAAAAGUCAACUCUGGUCAACCAGUCAACUGUCGGGUCAACUGGUCAAGCGCAAGACGCGGUAAAGUUAAUAACGCGGAAAUUAGUUUGGAUUGAUAGUUUGUAUAUUUUUAGUCUACGCGAAACCGAGCUUGACCGAUACCGUUAGUGAUUAAUUACGUUCUAUUUUUGUCGUAUUUGAUAAAAUUUUAGCAUAUAUUGGUUGAAUUGAUUGAAUAUUGUUGAGUUUUGACAAAA